CUGCUGUGUGCAGCUCCCUGCCCUGGAGUUCGAGCGGGAUGUGGAAGCGCCCUAGAGGAUCCAGUGGAGGGCUACCAAGAUGACCUACAGGAUAAUCUGCAUGUGACCUACAAGGAGGGUAACAGAGCUGGGCUUGUUUGCUUGCAAAGAGGCGUUUCAUAGCUACUUCAAGGUGAGUUGCAAAGGUGACAAACCCAAACUCAUGUUGGCAACGGCAGGUGAUGCAAGAAGUGAUGAUGGCCACAAUUUCUAGCUUGGGUUGCUCAGGCUGGAUACUAUGAAAAACAUUUUUACUAAGAAGUUGGUGCAGUGCUAGAAUGGGUUAUCCCGAGAUGCGUUGGAGUCUGUAUCCAAACUCGUAGAAAAAGCCACAGCUGACUUGCUCUCGUGUGGGUGGUGGUACUGCCUGGCACACAGGUUUUUUAUUAGAAACUCUAAGUCCCUGCCCACCAACUAGUCCAGGCAAUGGUUAGUGUGCACAUGCUUGGAUGACAGAUUCAGAAGCAAUCCAAGUCAUGAGCAGCUCAGAAGAAAAAGUAUUUGUAAAAGGAAAAGCAAAAUAUUUCUUCAAGAUAAGGAGUCGCUCCUUAGAACAGCACUACUCUACUACUUGAAUUCUAAAUAUUUUCAGAGACAAGAACAUAGAAAAAGUAAGUAGCUUUAAUAAUGCAUUACACUACUUUUUUAUCCAAAGACAUUUAAGUAAUUCACUGUGAGCCCAUUGUUCUGGCCCAGGAAUAUCCACGAGGCAUAUGGCCAGAGCAGCUACUUGCUCUCUCCUCGUCUGAAGUAAAUUCACAUGCAGGCCAGUGGAGCUGGCAGUGGCAACACACACCCGUGUGCUACACUGAACAUAACAGACAAAAAAACAAUGGACCUGGAAACAAGAUUUUACUGUUCCUGUAGGCUGGCAAGGUACUUAAACAGGUAGGAGAGCUUACACAACAUGUAUAAGGUUAUUUUCCCUUGAUUCGGUAGCAGCCUUACAGCCGCUUUCCGCAGUGAAGGGACCGAGUUUCCACGCGUUCAGGCUGUGAGACUGAGCACUCCAGGCUCCUCGGCAGCGAGGAUCAGCUGCCACCCUCAUGGCCUUUACACAGAACCUGGGGCAGCAGGCUCCAGCUGCUUGCUGGUUUUUAUUUUAAUCACUCCUGAACAUUUUCUCCUCUUUGCUUGUAAAAGAGAUGGGCACAUGGCGGGCAGCAGCACAGAGGCUGUUUACUUUACACCUUAUCAACAGCAUUAGGUGCUUUAGAGACUACCAGGAAAGAGCCAGGUACGAGCCGCUCCCACAUGGCAGGACUUUGGACCACAGCAGAGAGCUGCUGCGUCCAGAUGGACAAGGCUUUCUCUGCUAGUUCUGCCCCUGGCAACAAGGUUUCCGGGAUUUCCAAUUUGUCUGUCCUUAAAAAAAACCCUCCUUUCCCUCCUGUUAUUUUAAAGCAUCAAAAAAAUUGCUUGCCUUAAGAGCAAUCAUCAAGUUGGGUUGGCUGUCCAGAAUACCUCACUGUACUCAGAGGAGUUUUAAGUUUUUAUACAGAAGUGAAGGUCACUCAGUGUCAGAAUAAAGGGAGACUCCGUGUGCCGUAUGCAGAGUGUUCCAGAACACAAAGGCUGUUUGGCUAAGAGAGGAGAAGGUAAGGCUUCCCGUGAGAUUUUGCAUGCAAACCAAUGGGUAAAGCUGUCCAUUUUUUUUUUUAGUAACAGUAUAUAGACACUGUGGUGUUGCUGGGAUUUUUAUUUUAAUUAACCUACGCUGAAGGGAGGCUGUGUCAAGCUGAGGCACCAUCGCAGGUAUGCUUAUGCACUUCUUUUACCCCAACGAUCUAGGUGACUUGUAAUAAAAAGGUAGAUGUUCUAGCUAAUCCUGGGCAGGCAGGACAGCCAGAGGGCACAGGAGCACAGCAGCAGCACUUUUCCGUGAGCACGCACGGGGGCUGCCGUGCUGGACUCUGCAGCCCACCUAAUGCCCCGGGGUGAAAUAAAAUACCCUCACGUAGCCCUAAGAAGGCUCAGGAACACCAGAUACUACGCAGGGCUCUUCACUUUCUGUUUGUGCCACUUCUAGCCUAAUCCCCCUUCGCUGGGAGCAGGAUGUGUUAGAAAAGCAGGCAGCUGUCCCAGGCGGUGGCCGCGUCUCUGGCACUGCAGCAGGGCUGAGCGCGGGCCCCGUCCCCCGCUGUGCCCAGGAGCGCGGGACUGAGCCCCGGGGUGCACACUCAGCACCCUCUGUCACCACAGCCUCUACGGACAAGCACGCACCGAGCGGUGUUGAGGGACAAUGCUGUGUUUAUUUAUACCGUCUCCAGAGGACGUGCAGAAAAGGUGAUGCUCUUUUCCUAGAGAGCGCGAUCUUCAGGGUCUCUUGCUCUCAGGUGGGUUUUGUUACAUAAGAGCUGAUAGAUGAAUACAGACACAUCUUCUGAGAACCAUAGUCUUCAAAAGUAUUGCUUCAUAGGGCAGGAGAAAGGUAAAACACACCUGGCUGGUAUGUUGCAGUUCGUUUUAAUCUGGCACCCAAUAGAAAUCUAACAGAAAAGCAGUAUUUCCUUUUUUAACUCCAUGGUCAUCACCCCCAUGACUUUUUUAAUUGUCAGGAGCUCUGUGGUGACAGGUAACUUAGCUGUAAAGCAGAACGUACAAGUUCAUCGGGUAUGAUGAUUAACUCUCAAUUAGCAUUAGUAUUCCUUCACUUUGAUAAUUUUCUUCCGUAUUAUAUACCACCUCAGAACCCCUGCCAAACCGUUGGAGUGGCAGAAGGCAGCAGGACAGAGUUCAUCCUCGCCCUGGUCUGUCUCUGAAAACAGCUCCACAGGAGGCCAUAAAAACAUCCAAAAGGGAAGCUUGGAGUAGCCUGCCCUUACGGAGAGCUGUUUGCUCACCUCAUCUGUUGGCUGGCGCCAUAGAAACAUGUCCGAUUUUCAGCUUUGUCAUCCCCACCCAGACUCUAAGUGGAGAUACCAGCAAUUCUGUUACACUGAGCCAGUACUCAAAAACAAAACUGUAGUUCUAGUUUAACAGCUGCAGCUUGGGAAAACCAUGGCUGACAUGUCAAUAAGGACUUAGCAGGUGUGACAGAGGAGUUACCCUUCUCCAGUUUUCAUUGUUGAUCUUUAUGGAAGAAUAAAGACUUAUUUGCUGGGCGUACCUGAUCCUGGCUUGUGAUGGGCUUAGAAAUCAUCAUUUUAGGCAUCCUGCAUUCUUCACUUAACACUGAAGUGCCACAGGGAGGAAGGUCCACUGCUCAAACACUUUGGUUUGUUCCAACUCUCUGUUUUACCAGUCAGAAGUCACAACUAACAACAAAAUCCACAGCGAUGUUUAGUAUUGAAAAAGCCAUGGCGAGAGCUCAAGCAAUGACAUACGCUGCCUCGCAGUCUUGAGGCAAGACAGCCUAAAAGCUGCUUUAGUCUUCAGUGAAAAAAGCCUGUUCUUUCCUGAGGUGGCUCCGGGGCUCUUAUUUCUGGCUUCACGCUCAGCCAGUGUCUUGCGGAGGGUCAAGCCUUUUUAAACAGACCUCCUAAUUUGUCCUCGCAGUCUCAGCAGAGCAAGGCAGGUGCCCUUUCUCUUUUUUUCACUGUCACAGUCCAGCUGUCUGCGGGGAGCUGAACGUUGUGCUGGAAGACACAACUCUUUUGAGCAGCUUCUACUCCAGAUGUUGCUUUGGUGCCCCCAGUUUCCUGAAGCGCGUGAUCUGUCCCUGCUUCCUUUGCCUUGUGGUCCAUGACUUGCACUUGGUGCAGAACUUCAGCAGCUCUACUUUGAAGUCCUGAUGGUGCACUGGACAAUGGCCCUGAGGUUCACACAGUUCCUGGUAAGCGGAGGAGAAAUGCAUAAUGUCGAGUGGCUGGUAUUUGGAGAUUCUGGGCAGACAAAAGUACAUGGUUUAUCCCAAGAGCAAGAAUGUUCUCAGUGUGGGCACAAUCACUGUUCAUCCACGCCAGCACCUACAGCUGAGACACCAGUACAGUCCCCUGGCUAAAACAAGCUGGGAGUCAGGAAGCCCGUGAGUCUCUUUAGCUACAUCAGUUCCUAAGGGGAGAAAACAAUCCUAGCUUUACAUGAAAAAAUUUACUAGCUUUGCGCAGACUAUUUGGGAGGGAGAUCUUUGGAGUUCCACAGAACUUCCUGCUACGAUGGCCAAAACCAAGAUAUAAUCAAAUAUGAAGAAUAAACAACAAAACGGAGAAGAGCAUUAUGUAACUGUAUGAAGCCCUCCUAGGCCCUCUGCGUCCAAGAAUGUAACAGAGACAGGAGAGGUACAGGCACCGGCCGCACGGCCGAGCGAAGCGCCAGAUGCUCUUCAGCGAGAGCUGCGCGCGCUGGGAUCCCGCAGCCCAGAAGAGCCUCUCGAGCCGCCGUGCUAUUCGCCUGACAGAAAACUCACCUCCUCCAUGUCCCUGCUGCCUUGUCCCAGCGUGCCGGGCACCUGCAGCUCGGAGACCACGACCCGCCGGCCCGGUCCCAGAGCCGGCCCGGGCCCCGCCGCCCCCGGUGCGCGGACCCGGACCCGCUCGUGCGGCGGGAGCCGCUCGCGGGCAGCGGGAGAUCCUGUUCCACGCGCGGAGCGAGGCCCAGGGGCCCGAGGGCGGGAGACGCCGCUUCUCGGCGCCGCUCGAGCCUCUUGUCCCUCGCAGCCCGCGAGCCGCCCACGCGCGGCAGCCGCGGCGCCGUCCACAGGCCCGGCAGCGCUCAGGACGCUGUGUGCCGCGGCGCGGGCGCGCCCCGGAAGCGGAAGCAGCGGCGCCUCGGUGGCGGCGGGGCCGCCGCCUGGCUUUUCCGCUUCCUCCCGGAGCCGGCGGCGGGUGGUGCGUCCCUCGGCAGCGGCCCAUGGACCGGCACAAAGUGAAGCGGCAGCGGCUGGACCGGAUCUGCGAAGGCAUACGGCCGCCCAUUGUGAACGGCCCGAUGCCAGCGCGGCCCCUGGUCGCGCUCCUGGAUGGACGGGACUGCACUGUGGAGAUGCCCAUCUUGAAGGAUGUUGCUACAGUGGCAUUUUGUGAUGCUCAGUCAACUCAGGAAAUCCAUGAAAAGGUGCUGAACGAGGCGGUGGGAGCUCUGAUGUAUCACACCAUUACCCUUUCUCGUCAGGAUCUGGAGAAAUUCAAAGCCCUCAGGGUCAUUGUGCGUAUUGGCAGUGGCUAUGACAAUGUUGACAUCAAAUCCGCCGCAGAAUUAGGCAUUGCAGUUUGCAACAUCCCUUCCUCCUCAGUAGAGGAGACUGCGGACUCCACCCUCUGCCACAUCUUGAACCUCUAUCGACGUGUUACUUGGCUCCAUCAGGCCAUGCGGGAAGGGAAUCGAGCCUCAAGCGUGGAACAGAUUCGAGAGGUGGCUGGAGGCGCUGUGCGUAUCCGUGGGGAGACUUUGGGCAUCAUUGGACUCGGCCGAGUUGGACAGGCAGUGGCUCUGCGAGCCAAGUCCUUUGGCUUCAACGUGAUUUUCUAUGAUCCCUAUCUGCCGGAUGGAGUGGAGCGAUCCUUGGGUUUACAGCGAGUAGGAACCCUGCAGGAUCUACUAAUGCACAGCGAUUGCAUCACAUUGCACUGCAGCCUGAAUGAACAUAACCAUCACCUCAUCAAUGACUUCACUAUUAAACAGAUGCGCCAGGGCUGCUUCUUAGUGAACACAGCCCGGGGAGGGCUGGUAGACGAGAAAGCCUUAGCGCAAGCCUUGAAAGAGGGGAGAAUCAGAGGAACAGCACUGGAUGUGCACGAGUCUGAGCCCUUCAGCUUUGCUCAGGGGCCCUUAAAAGACGCACCCAAUGUGAUCUGCACCCCUCACACUGCCUGGUACAGUGAACAGGCUUCCAUUGAAUCCAGAGAAGAUGCAGCUAAAGAGAUCCGCAGAGCUAUUACAGGUCACAUACCUGACGCACUGAGGAACUGUGUUAAUAAGGAGUACUUACUGUUAGCAGCUCAGUGGUCCAGUAUUGAUCCUUCAGCUGUCCACCCAGAACUCAACGGAGCUGCAGCUUACAGGUUUCCUCCAGGAGUAGUGGGAGUAGCCACCCCUGGGCUACCAGAACCACCAGUAGUGGAAGGGAUUGUAGCUCACGGGAUCCCUUCGGUGUCUCACUCUGCGCCGCGUACGCCUUCCCCUGGAGAGACGAGCAAACUGGAUGCAGACAGAGAGAUUCCUGCUGACCAGUAGCGGCAUCUUCCUCUCCUCUGGCAGCAGAAAAAAGGAGGGCAUCUCCUCCUAGGACCUUCUUUAGCAGCCUGCAUAGACUGGUUCCUGUUUAUAAAGGACAGGAGAAUGCAUUUCAUUACUGGCAAACUUUAGCUCUUGCCUUUAUUUUGUAACCCUUUAGUUUUAAUCUCUCGAUGAAUCUUUCUCCUUGUCUGGGGCAGGGCAGCAGUGACCUUGCGUCCCCUCGGAGAUCCUUGGUUUAACCAAUGAUUUUUCCCAUAUAUCUGCCUUGGUUGUCUGUGACGGGAGACUGUCCUUGUGCACUUGAAAACAGAAGUGGAGCUGCCUGAUCAGCGGUGGCUCUUGGUGUCCCUAACACCAGACCUGAGUGCACACUUUUCAGUUGUGACUUGUAGCUUGAAUUUAAUUUGGCUGAACCUCUCUAAGCGUAGCCAUGGGGAAUAUUAGAAAAAUAUUAGUGAAUUGGAGAAGUCGUGAAUAUUGUCUUUAUUAUGCCCUUGGUAGAAUGCAGUCUAGGCUCAGCUCUGUGCAGUACUUCGCUUGUUUCAAUUAAGGUUUCCUAUGAGAACAGACAUAGCGCUGGCAUUGCGAGUUCUUGACCAUACGAGGUUUUGUCUAUGCAUUACUAGGCCUGAAGUUAAAAGUAACAGUCUAACAGUCUCCAAGCCAGCCUGAUAAAUUAUUUGAAAGAGAUUAAAAUGUCAUCAAAUGUGUUCUGGUGGCCACUGUGUUUGUGAGGCCUCAAAAUAGUUCACCCUGGAGUCUGUGCGAUUUGGAGAAGGCAAGAGAAUGCGCAAGCAGGAUAAACUUGCGCUGGGAGACAGCAAGUAGCAAUACCUUGCAGCUGCAGCUGCCGAUUCCUCACACGCGUUCCUCACAGUCUGACGGCGGUGUUUAUCCACGGGGUAUCUGUCAUGUUAAAAUUCUAAGCUUUGUGCUACAGAUUUUUUUUGUUGCUUUUGGCAUAACUGCAUUAACUAGAGGUAACGUACCAGCGUUAGCGACAUUUCUCUGCGCUGAUGGAGAAGGCGGCUUUUAACAGUUGACCAAAUUACUCUGCUUUGGCUCUGCUAGCGUAUACUGCAUCGCCAGUAGCGGGCAGGGCAAGACUUUUUGGUACACAAAUAAGCUUUGUGGUACUGAAGGAGAAAGAACGCUCUCAGCUUGUGACCUGGAGCCAAGACAGGAUUGUUGCUCUCAAGUCUGUUACCAUUUCCCAAAUGAUUGAAUAUGAAUUGCUGCUUUAAGGGGUAUGGAGUCUUCAGCAAAACAAGUUCCACAGGAGAUUAUUUUCCUUAAUUCCAAGUGUCUUCCUUUAAUUUCAUUGUUACACUUUAGUUUGUUUUCUUUCUGUGCACAAGGUGUUACAAUUUCUGAUCGAUGUGCUCCUGUUGUGCGGGUGUGUACAAGGAGGUGCUGCGUGGGAGGCACUCUGUGGCUCUGCCUGGGCUGUGCCUGUGACUGGAGGCUGGACAGCUGGGAACAGGCUGGAAACGCACCGUGAGGCGUGGACGAAAUCCCCGCUGAGGCUGUUCACAGCUGCGGGGCUGAGGAAAGCUUUCCGAGUCACCGCGUUUGCAGAUUUUUUCCUGCUUUUACAUUUUUCUCCAAUACUGCCUUCACGUAAUGGUUUACUACUGAUACAGUAAAGUGAUUGAUUCCUUUCUCCUCGACCCCCCGCCUCCCUAAUACUCCCCAGCAAUUCAAGAAAGGAAAAUAGGCAAGAAGUAAACUUCAGGUGUUUCCUUACAGAUUUUUACACUUUAACUUUUUAGCAUUAGUGUGACGACAUUAGUUCUCUGGUGUUGAGUGGGGUUUUUUUAUAAGAUAUUUGUCUCAGCGAAGGUUUUUGGCUUCUGUGUUUUCAUGGAUGAUGCUGAUUCUACUUAAACUUCAUAUACCUCCUUGGCUGCUCAGGUUUAGCAGAUCAGACCGGGACUGGUGGUAGGCACAAGUUACAGAAGGAGUUUUUUCUGAACAAAAGCCUAGAGCUCAGAAGCACUUUGAUUGCAGCUGUACCUAAAAGAACCAGCAGCACUUUCUUGAGUUCUCCAAUCUCUAUGAAAUCAAAUUUUUACUAUCUAGGAGCUCAGAAAGCUGUUCUUUGGACAGGCAGAUAGGGAGAAGUUUUGGUGGACUGAGCUCGUCUUCCGUUACCGCACUGGGAAGCAGUCUUUCAAUAACUGCUCUUUCCUUAUUUGCUGCUGCAAAUUCCUGCCCUGCUCAGAGGUGCAGGACUGCGAUUAUUUUGUGGCAAGGGGCUUCUGGUUAUGAGCUUUGUGAGUACAGAGGAUCACAGUACAUGGACCUUGUCUCUUCUAGAGCACAAUGCAAGAGAGAUUUAUUUUUUAAGAGGCAGCAUUUUUUUUCCUUCUUUGCUGCAAAUAUCUCUAUAGACCAGUCAAAUAACUGAGCAGAGGAAGAGUGGAAAGAUCUCAUUUGGGGGACACGUGAGUUUCUCAAUUCUUAUUUUUGGUGCCUAGAUAUACUGGUAGCUAUUAAGUGUAGGAAUUAAAUAACUGAUGUUGUAAGAAAUAUUUCUGGUUACGGGUACCAGGGAGUUGAAGCUGACAGCAUUGAUAGUGGCUCUGUUCUGUCCAACACUAUGUUGGCUUGCGAUUGGAUAUGAUCGCCAUCCUCCCCUUGAUUACAGCCACAGCAGAAAAUGUUGAGGUAAAAAUGAACAGAACCCUUAUCGUGACUCUCUUUGUGCUUAUAGGAUUACUGUGCUUGUAUGCAAUUCGUACCUCUGCUUACAGGCUGAACCUGUUACCACCAGACACAGGCAGUCCUGAACAGAUAGCUCAAAGAACUUCCCAGCACUGACGUACCCGGUGGUCUCCGCCCCGAGCGCCCAGUCCUCCGCCAGCGCUCUCUCCUCUGGUACGCAGCCUUGCCGCUCAGCACCCCAAGCUCAGUGCAGGGUCCAGAAGCGGAAGGGCUCUUCCUUCAGAACUAGCGCAGAGCUUUAAUCCCAAAGAGCAGAAGUCUCCCAGGGCGAGGCAGGAGUGCCCUGGCCGCACUGAUCUGCGCACAGGAGGUGCUCGCACUGUCCCAAGGUACAUUCUGUUUGUCAGGGUCACUGCUGCUGACCAGCUUUUUUAUAGAGGACUCAGAGUUUCAGAAAUAUAUUUUUGUAGACAAUGACUAAACUGUGAAACAUUGAAAUAAAGCAUGUAAACAAAAACUUACAGCACUGUCCUCUGUACAGAUGUUUUUCUCACUUCAGAUCUAUCCUGACUCAUUAGAAAAUGUUUGAUUACUUCUUGGAUAUAUUUUAAUAAAGUUCUCCAACGAA